AGUCGGAGUUAGUCUAAUGCAAAACGUUAUCACGACAUCUUCCGUCAACGAUGUUUCGAAUCACCUUUGCCGCCUGUUUCGCUAUCGUCGCUCUGGCGAUAGUCUCGGCCGAGGAACUCUACUCCGACAUACACGACGACAUUGACGUGAUGGGAAUUCUCCAAAACCCCGCGGUCCGCAAAACUUACUACGACUGCUUCAUGGAUUUGGGACCAUGCGUUACCGAGGACGCGAAAUUCUUCAAAGCACAUUUUCCGGAUGCAGUAGCCAGUCACUGCCGUAGAUGCACGGUAAAGCAGAGGGAGCAUUUCGACACCGUGGCUGUAUGGUACACCGAAAACGAGCCGGAAGAGUGGAAAACUCUGAUCGCCAAAGGCAUCGCGGACGCCCACAGCGGGAAAAUUAUCUCGACACUAUCAACAAUGCUCCGUAUCACGUUUCUUGUCGGUUUUGCCAUCGCCGGUUUGGGAAUGCUCGCAGCCGAGGAACUUUACCCCGAUAAGUACGACGACAUUAAUGCGACAGAAAUUCUUCAAAACGAUCGCCUCCGUAAUCAGUACUACAAGUGCUUCAUAGGCUCGGGACCCUGCAUUACCGCCGAUGCUGUAUUCUUCAAAGGAUUCUUUCCGGAGGCAGUAUUAACGAAGUGCCGUAAAUGUACGGAAAAACAAAAAAAGACUUUGAAUAUUUUGGUGGAAUGGUACGCCAAAAAUGAGCCGGAACAGUGGAACGCCCUUGUCGCCAAAUUUCUUCAAGAUGUCCAGAAGAAUAAAAAUUGAAGAAGCAUAUUUACUCAAUGAGGGAAAUGAACGCGGAUGCUGAAAAAAUAUGAAGUGAAAACUUUGUAUUUCCGUCGCAAAUGUCUUCGGUCGUUUUUAAAACAUGCAUGUAGAAUUUGUUAACACUGUUAAAUUAUUUGUUAUUAUGGUUUUGUUAAAACGUACGAUAUUAUAAAUACGAUAAAUAAAAUAUUUACCCACGGAGA